AUGUAUUCCGGUUCCGUGCCGGAUACCGUACAGGUAGCUGUACGCAUUAGGCCGUUGUCGUCCCAGGAAAUAUCGGGCGGCUAUCACAACGUGAUCGUGCAACCAAAUCCCGCUGAACCACGAAUAGUGGCACGAGGUGCAGAGGAUUUCACCUUCACUGAGGUGUUCGGGCCAUCGGUGUCGCAGCAGGAAGUGUACGAGCGGUCCGUACGAGGAAUCGUCCUGAAACUACUCGAAGGCUUCAACGUGUCCAUCUUGGCGUAUGGACAGACUGGGUCAGGCAAAACGUACACCAUUGGCACAUCGUUCGACGGGCGACUUACGAACAAGAGCGGCAUCCUGCCCCGAGCUCUGCUAGACAUCUUUGAAGCGGUGAACGCGGGAGAAGCCGGCAGUCCCAGCUAUCGUGUGUUUUGUUCUUUCAUGGAAUUGUACCAGGAACACGUGUACGAUCUGUUGUCACAUCGAAAUCGGUAUGAGCGGUUGCUAGGUAUUCGAGAGGAUGCCGAGGGAGUCAUCGUGCCCGGACUGACGGAGCUCUCCGUCUCGAGUGCCGAGGAAACGUUCCGUUGGCUGAUGCAUGGCGCUAACUGCCGUGCAACGGCCCCAACCAGCAUGAACAAGGAGUCUAACCGAAGCCACACCAUUUUCACCGUGAUCAUCCGGUCACGGCGUCGAGUCGGCGCCGAAGGAGGCGAACACGUCAUGUUGUCGAAGCUACAUUUUGUCGACCUGGCCGGGUCCGAGCGUGCGAAGAAGUCACGUGCCAGUGGCGAUCGGUUGCGGGAAACUAUUCAAAUUAACAAAGGUCUUUUGGCGCUCGGGAACGUCAUCUCUGCGUUGGCCUCAUCCAGUGGAAUUUCACCAGCGAAAUUGGUACGUCCCCCGUUCGUAUCGUACCGCGAUUCGAAGCUAACCCGGCUUCUGCAGAAUUCACUCGGCGGUAACUCGAUCACGCUCAUGCUGGCUUGCGUGUCCCCAGCGGACUAUAACAUCGAGGAGACGAUCAGCACACUGCGUUACGCCGAUCGUGCCAUAUCUAUCCGCAACAAACCCUCGAAAACGCCGACGGGGUCGGUGAGCCAAACGAGUAGCAUGGCGGAAGUGGAGCGGUUGUCCAAGACCGUCUCACAGCUGCGUACGGAGAACGACCAGUUACGGAGGCGCAUUUCCGCCGAACUUAAGCCAGCCCUCGAUGCUGGACUGCCAGGGGGUGAGAAUGGCACUCGCAGACAGCUUGCCACUCAGAAUCGGUUGCUACAUGGGCAGCUACAAUCAUCGAUCGAAGAAUCGACCCGGAACGAGCUUCGAGCGUCGAUUGCCGAGAACGCUAUUGGGAGGCUGGAACCGCUGGUACUGCACGAGUUUUAUGAUGAUGAACAGCGUCAAGGGCGCGAGAAUGGUCUCAUGGCGUCCAGGGAUGAACUGCGAUCACAAUGCGAAGAGAUUCUGCUUCGGUAUCGUACCGAAUACGAGGCUCUCCGGCAGCGCCCUAAGGCUCAACAUAGGUCUACGUUAGAUUGA